AUGCACUGCGAUACGGAGAAUUUGCUGGAUCCGUCUCCUAUGGGAAACAAAUGCAACCGGAGAGGAAACAAUGUUCUGAGGCCUGUGCGUCGAACCAACACACACAGGUUUUGUGUGGCUUGCUUGGUUUUAACAGGACUUUUAACUUUCAUUCUACUUUUGUUCGGUGCAUCCGUUGUCCUUCGCUCCUACUAUGACAAUUCACGUCAGAAACUGCCCUCUCUUAAUCCAAAAUGCACGCAACAAAUUCAACCGGGGAGUGGUGCCGACUCUUCACUGAAAUGGGCGUGGAAUACAGUGCUUCGGGAUUGUGUCGAAUUCAAUUUUUCGGGUAGUGGAGGCAACGAGAAUCAGUUUGCCACCAAGGAGGAGUGCCAAAAGCUUUGCGAGACUCGGGUGUUCUCCUGA